AUGAAUGGAAGUAAGAUUGAAAUGAUUACAAAUGGAAUUGAUGAUAUUAACAUUCAAACAACUGUUGCACAUGGAUUUGAUUCAUAUAAUAAGAAUGAAAAUAAAUCAAGUAAUAAUCGAGGAACAAGAAUUAAUAAACCAUUUAAAGAACAAACGAUUCAAUUUAUUAGAUGGUUAAGAAAAUCGUAUGUAACAGGAAUUGUAAUAGUAAUUGAUAUUUUAAUGAAUUUAUUUUUAUGUAUACUUAAUAUUAUUGAUACAUAUUUUGAUAAACCAGAAGAAAUGAAACCAUUAUUAUAUAUUGAAUUUAUUGUAAAUUGUUAUUUAUUAAUAUCAUGGAUGUAUGAAUGUAUUGUAAAUUUACAUACUCAAAGAUUUAUGCUUCCAAUAUCAUUAUCUAUUCUUAUUAUUACAUUUAUACCAUUAGUUUAUUAUGUUAUUACAGAAGAAUCAAUAUUUCAUAAUUGGGAAAAUCAUAGUCAUGUUUAUUCACUUUGUUUCUUUAGAGUAUUAUAUCUUGAUUGUUUACUUUCUGAAGCAUUAGUUUAUUUUUGGGUUGGUGAAAAUCAAAAAUUAUUUCAUAUUGUAGAUAAAAUAUCAAAUACUAUUGUAUUUCUAUUGUCUUUACUUUAUUUUUCUGCUUCUAUUUUUCAUUUAUUAGAAGGAUUUAAUCCAUCAAAUAGUUUUCAUCAAUUUCAUAAUUGUUUUUAUUUUUGUGUUGUAACAAUUGUUACAGUUGGAUUUGGUGAUAUGUAUCCACAAACUAGUCUUGGAAGAAUUUAUUGUACAUUGUAUAUAUUAGCUUUCUUUUUUAUAUUUCCAAUGAGAUUAGGUCAAAUUAUUACUGCUUUAAAUCAACGAACACAAUCACGAUUGUUUUAUGCUAAUAAACAUGUUCUUUAUACUGGUGAUUCACAUUUACUUCCAUAUUUUAUUCCUAAAAUUAAAAGUGAUAUGGUAGCAUUAUUACCUAAAUUUGAUUAUCGCGUAUUAUCAAAAAGAAAAUAUAAACGUUUUUUUUAUAAUGGAGACUCACAAAAUGAAUUUGAUUUACAUCAAUCUAAUUCAGAAAAAGCAAAACAAGUAAUUUUAACAUCAGAUGGAAAUGAUCAACUUACUUUUUUAAGAUGUAAAACAUUAUUUCAAAUAUGUUCAUGUCCAAUAUUCGUUUAUAUUAAAAAACCUGAUUUAUUUAGUGUAUUUAAAACAUUAGGAGCAGAAGUAUUAUGUGAAGAAUAUGUUAGAUUAAUGUUAGCUGGUGAAAUGUGUGUUCCACAUUAUAUUGAUGUAAUGAGGUCAUUAUUUUCAAUUAAAACACGUAAAAGUCAAAUUAAUUUAUUAAGAAAUUUUAAAACACCACAAUAUUUUAUUGGUAAAACUGGAACAGAAGUAGAAAAAAUAAUUAUGAAUGAAUUAGGAUGUGUUAUUGUUGGAAUAAUGUCAGGAGAUAGAAUUGAAUAUUUUAAUUGUUCAAAACAAUUAGAUGCAAAAGAUAGAAUAUUUAUUAUUUCAAGUGAAAGUAAAUAUCAAAGAAUUAAAGAACAAAAAAUAUCAUCAGUUAUUAAUUCUGAUAUUUUUAUUUCAGAAGAAGAACCAACAAAAAUUAUUAAAAACCAACCACAAACUUUUCAUAAAAAGAAAGUUAUGUCAAGUUGUAUUAUUAAUAAAGUAACAAGUUCAUAUCAUAAAUUAGUUGUUGGAUAUCAUCGUGGAGUUGAAUUAAUUCUUAGAAAAUUUAGAGAACGAAAUGAUGAUCUAUUAAUAAUAGCAGUAAGAGAUUUAAAAGAAAUUGAAGCCGAUUGGAAGGUAUUAAGUAAUAUUGAAAAUUUCUUUGUUAUAAUUGGAAAUUUACAUGAAGAAACAUUUUAUGAAAAAUUAAAUAUUAUGAAAGCAACAACAAUAAUGAUUUUACCAAGUGAUAGACUUGGAAAAGAUGAAAGUGAUGUUAUAAUAAUAGCAACAAUUGUACAAUCAGUAAUAGAAAAGAAAAAAAUAUUAUUAGAAACAGAAAAUGAAGUAAAAAUGAAAUUAACACCUAAAAUAAAAAUACCAAUAAUUUGUGAAAUUGAAAAACAAGAAAGUGAAAGAUUUGUUAAGGAUUUUGCAACAACAUUUUCUAAUUGUUAUGCACCAGAAAUGAUUUGUAAUAUGGUUCGUUAUAAAUUUAAUAAUAGAGUAUGGCUUGACUUUUCUACUGUAACAAGUGAUGUCUCAGUUGUUAGUGUUCAAGUACCUCCUGAAAUGGUAAAUUAUCCAUUUCAAUUAAUUUUUGAAUUUAUGUUAGAAAAAAAUGCAAAAUGUCUUGGAAUAUUAAAACAAAAACAUGGAAAAUAUCAUUUAUAUUCAAAAAAGAAUUAUUUAUUACAAUCAAAUGAUAUUUUAUUUUGUGUUGUAAAACAACGUGAAAUUAGAACAGUUAAUUCAAAAAUAUCACAUUUUAGUCCAUCUGUUUCAUGUUCUCCUUCAUCAUUUGGAUUAAUAAAUAGAAAUAUAAAUCGUUUAAGUCAAACAAAACCAGUAGUUAUUAAUUUUAAAAAAGAUGUUGAAAUAAAUCCAUUUGAUAGUUCAUCUUCUUCUUCAAGUGAAUGA